AUGACAAAAGCAACUGGUGCAACUUAUGUUAAACAUGAUACUGAACAAAAUAUUGGAAAUGUUAUUUUGAGAGCUAUUUAUAGAUGCCAUUACUCAGAAAAUUAUAAAACUAAAGCAGGUCAAAAUCAUCCAGAAAAAAAACCAAGACCAAACCAAAAAGAAAGUAAAAAAUGUGAUUGCAAAUCACAAAUAAUUGUUACUAUUAAACAUAGAUUUAAUGAACCAAAAAUGUUUAUAAAAUACAUUUUACAUAUCAAUUAUACUCUGGGUUCUGAUAGUGAUAUUAGUACUUUAAGGCUCUCAAAGGAAGUCUUUCUGUUAUUAGAAGAAAAUUAUAAGUAUAGUAUAGGCAAGCUUUUUGGUUUUACAGUUCUUAUACAAAAAAAAAUUCUUCAUGAUGCUUUAAUUAUUCUAUUUAAUGCAACACAUAAGACUAAUAAACAUAAAGACCUGUUAUAUAUGCUGCUUUUACCUGAUCCUAAAACUGAAAAAGGCAUUACUCUUGCUCAUCUCUUGUCUUUGUGUAAGAAUUUUGAAUCAGUUCAAUAUUGGCUUAAUAAGCUUCGGGUUCAAAUUUUGGAUUGA